AUUUUCCAGGUGAUGGAGCUUUUGGCUGAGGUUACUUAAAAAUUCAAAAAAUUUGUUAGAUGUUUUGGAUUAAAUUACCAUAUAAGUGUUAAAUUGUCCUGGAGGGGUUGUCCUAAAAAGAAGCUAACUUAUGUCUUUGCGAGUUCCACUGGCAAUUGACCGAAUCUCAAGGAAUGCUCCGGAACAACAUCUUCCCCUAAAUAUAGCAUUGAACCCCAAAAAGCAUAUACUUGUGAAUCACAAAUUAAAGCCUAGCUGUUGAUGCAGUUGCCUAUUAUGGAUAAACACAAACAAAUAAUGACCGACUCACAUUUUAUGUCCCUUUCCAUCUUCCAUUCCAAAAUCCUCCUGGUGUUCUUGGGGGCAACGCUAGAGGCGGGGGCGGGUUUCUAGGUGUUGAUGGUCGCCAUGGGAGAUGGGAACGAGCGGCCACGCAGGGUAAUGGUGGUGGCUGAUCCAACCAGAGAGUCUGCAGGAGCACUCCAAUAUGCCCUUUCUCAUGCAGUUCUUGAGGAGGAUGAGUUGAUCCUUCUCCAUGUGGAAAAUCCAGGUUCAUGGCGGAACACAUUCUCAACAUUCCUUAAGUGGCCUAACCUACCGGUGAGCUCCAUUUCUGCCUUUACUGCAGGCAUGGAAGGUGGCUCAGGCGAGGUUGAUUUCCUCGACGAAAUGAGGUAUGCAUGCAAACUUGCACAGCCUAAAAUGCGUGUGCGUGUAGAGAGGCUACCAAUUGAAGGGAAAGAGAAGGCAUCAACUAUUCUUUCACAAGCCAAAGCUCUUGGGGUUGACAUUCUUGUCGUAGGGCAGCGCAGGAGUUUCUCCUCAGCCAUUUUGGGAUAUAAGCGACCAGGAGGGUCAAUGAGAGGUAUAGACACAACAGAAUACUUGAUUGAGAACAGCAAGUGCACCUGUGUUGGAGUGCAGAAGAAGGGCCAAAAUGGAGGCUAUCUUCUCAGUUCCAAAACUCAGAAGAACUUCUGGCUAUUAGCCUGA